GGGGAUUUCUUGUGUGUAUGUGAUGAAAAAUUUACUGGGAAACACUGUCAAAUAGAGGUCAUCAAUUACAUCGCGCCAGUGAUCACUGAGCCACCAAAACACACAACUGCUAGCCUCUAUUCUUCAGCCAGCCUUACCUGUAGAGCAACAGGAUCUCCCACCCCUACAAUUCAUUGGUAUAAAGAUAAUAGAAUAAUUGCAAAUAAGAACAGUGACCCUUCUGUGUUGGUCUUUCCUGAACUGGAUCUCAGUGAUAGGGGAUUCUACCAUUGUGUUGCUAGCAACAUCAUUAAUGGAAAGAAAGAAGCAAUAAGAUCACCAGUGAUACUGCUCAAUAUAACAAAUGUAGUUCAGUAUGAAGCUGAAAUGGAUUUACCACCAGAUUUUUAUAAUUCUACUGAAUCGACAGAAGAUUUAAUUUUGAAGCUUAUUCAAUCAAGCAACAAUUAUUUAUCAGGCAGUAAUAUUAGUAAUACAUCUUUCUUUUACAUUGAAAUCCUCAAUGCUGAAACAAUUUUACAAAAUACAAGUCACAUGCCUGACAAACUACCAAUAGUGGUUACACUAGUGACAGAGAGAGGUCAAGGUGAUAAUACUUUGUUGACUGGAGUAAAGAAUCAAUUGGACUCACUCAAUCAACAGCUCAGUGUAAAGAUAUCAAUCAUUCAAUUGAAUAGAUUUGAUGGUUGCCCCUCAAACUCAACAAUCAUUCCAUCUCAAUCUGGUGAUACAAGUCUAGAUAUAAGUGUACACUGGCCAGAGACUAAUAUUGGAGUGGAAGCAAUAGUUGAUUGUCCAUGUGGUGACAAUGAUACAUCAUCAAGUGGCAGUGAAUUAAAAGCUUUCAGAUACUGUGGAGGGGAUUUUACUAAUGGAGCUCUCUGGACUACAAUUGAUGUAUCACAAUGUAACUUCAGUGAUUUAGCACGUAAAAUAUGUAACUUACGAAAUCUUCCAGUAGAUGAGAAAGUUCAGCAGCUAGAAGAGCUGACAAGUAAUACACAGGAAUUAAAAUCUACUGAAGUGACUGCAAGUGUUAGUAUUUUAGUGACUGCUACUGAAGAUGUCUCUGGAAAUAUAACACUGACAUCAACAUUUUUGGAAGUGGUGGACAACAUUUUAGUG